AUGGCAACAGCAACCUUACAGCAAAAUGCAGCACUGCCGGAGGGCAUCUUCUCAUUGCUCGAUACCGAUUUGUACAAAUUGACGAUGCAAUGUGCCGUCCUACAGCAUUACCCUGAUACCGACGUUACAUACCACUACACGAACCGUACACCUCAUCUGAAGCUUAACAGGAAGGCAUUCGAGUGGAUUAAGAUACAAAUUGGGAAACUCCAAAACAUCACCUUAUCCGAUUCGGAAGAAGCAUUCCUUCACGAGAAAUGUCCUUACUUGCCGCCUACGUAUAUAGCAUACCUCAAGAAGUUUAGAUUCUUCCCGGACGAGCAGGUCGAUAUUAGUUUCGAUGGUGGAGAUGGACCUGAUGAUGCCGGGGAUCUUACGUUGGAUGUGAAGGGGGAAUGGGUCGAGACUAUACUAUACGAGAUUCCGCUGCUGGUGCUGGUCAGUGAGGCGUUUUUCAAGUUCGUGGAUACGGAUUGGGAUUAUGAGGGACAGAUUGAGAAGGCGUACGAAAAGGCCAAGGUCUUAUUGGAGAACGGGGCGGUAUUCACAGAAUUUGGAACCCGUCGAAGAAGAAGCUAUCAUGCGCAAGAUCUUGUCUUGCAAGGCUUAAUAAAAGCGAGGGAGGAAUUUAAGGAUAACGAAGGUUAUAGUGGGAAGUUUAACGCAUCGAGCAAUGUUCAUUUUUGCCAUCGUCACAACUUGAACCCCGUUGGCACAGUCGCACACGAAUGGUUUAUGGGUAUCGCCGCCGAAAGUAACCGCUACGAAAACGCCAGCGAGCUUGGACUUCUCAAGUGGACACAAACCUUCGGACCCGGUGUACUCGCCAUCGCCCUUACCGAUACCUUUGGCACCGAGGAGUUCCUCCGAGCGUUCUCGAAGUCUUGCCCUGUUGAGGGUGCAGAUGGGAAGAGCUAUGCUGAGAUCUUUUCAGGCAUUAGACAGGACUCUGGCGAUCCUGAGAAGUACGUCAGGUGGAUCCGUGAGUUUUAUGAUCGCGCUGGAGUGAAGGGGCCAAAAUCUGUAGUGUUCAGUGAUUCGUUGAAUGUGGAGUUGGUCUUGAAGUAUAAGAAGUAUGCAGAAGAAUAUGGAUUGAUACCGUCGUUUGGUAUUGGAACGUUUUUGACGAAUGAUUUCGUACACCGAAGCGACGAUUCGAAGUCUACGCCGUUGAAUAUUGUCAUUAAGCUUUCUUCGGCUAUGGGACAUGCAGCGGUGAAGAUUAGUGAUAAUAUUGGGAAGAACACAGGGGAUAAAGCAAUGGUUGAGGAGGUCAAAGAGAGAUUGGGGUAUACCGAGAGUGGGAAUGUGGUCGAUGAGGCUAAGAGGUGGGUAUAG